AUGAUUAAUGCUCCCAUUGGGAAGAACCCUACCAACCUGUUGUCUCUCCAUGGCAACCAUAAUGCACAACAGGCCCUGUGUAUUAAGUCUGUCUCUUAUACACAUCUAGAUGUGUAUAAGAGACAGGAAUCUGUUAAUAUUGUGACUAACAAUACCAGGACUCCCCCAGCAGAUGAUCCUACAACAUCAAAUAUAGUCACAUUGAAAUUAACAAAAUCUACAGAAAAAUUAGAAACAUCUUCUACAAAGGCUGUUACAAAAUCACUGAUUAAAACAACAAAAGCAUCUUUACCAUUAAAAACUACAACAGAUGAGGCGCAACCUACUGAAGUUCGUGGAAGCCCUGGCAGUGGUACUGCCAAAAAACCUCUCCUUAGUAUACCUCAAUGGUUUGCUGUCUUUCUUGGAACAUUCCUAACUAUAUUCUUGAUUUUCUUAUCAAACAUUUGGUACAAAGCUAAGAUGACUCCAGACAACAGUAAACCCAGUAUUGAAUUGGUCAAGAAUGGUAACAAAAAUGACCGUCCAAAGUCCUGGCAGGAUACCAAUGUACCACUGGACUUUAUGAGUCUACACAUUGAACUUCCGAAGGAGUCAAAAGUUGAAAUGACUUGCGCUGAAAACCCAGCAUUUGAAGGAGACCAACCUGAUAACCCAAGUUCCUUAUCAAAUUCAUCUUUCGAAGAAGUCACCCUCACAAAACUCUGAUUAAAAAGACAGCAUUCUGUGUACCCACCUUGUACGUAUAAGCAAAGUCAUCUUUCUAAGUGGUUAUGCUCACAAAACUCUGAUUGAAAAGACAGCAUUCUGUGGUGCCUAUCUUGUAUGUAUAAGCAAAGUCAUCUUUUCGAAGUGGUCACCCUCACAAACCUCUGAUUGGAAAGACAGCAUUCUGCGGUGCCAAUCUUGUACGUAAUGUGUUUAGUCUAAUUACCUUCAGCUGUUAUAUGGAGUUCUAGUCUAUAAAUAAGCAGUCAAUAUAUUUGCUAACCUAUUACAUUUUUAUUCAAAUAUAUUUGGAAUAGAUAUACCAAAAAAAAAAAUUGAUUUAUUUGCUAAAAGAUGUCUCGAGUUGUAAACCUUGAACAGUGGAAUUCACUAUUUAUAUAGCAGAUUAAAAUGUUUAAUUAAGAAGUCUUUUUUUGAAUUUAUGUAAAUGCUUGAGAAUUAAUAUCUGAUAUUGAAGCUGAAUCAAGAGUAUAUUUGACUGUGCACAAAAUGAAGUUCCAGGGUUUUGCAUAUAGAGGGCGCUAGAUAUGUUGCACUGCUUGUCAUAAUGGUUUGUUUACACAGUGUGUUGUACAUUUUAUUGUAGCAUUUUCAACAUUUACUCCUUUUAUGACAUCACAUUCAGCACUGGUUUUCAUCAAGAAAUUCCUGAAGCUCGCAGCAUCACAUUGUUUAAUUAAAUGUAUACUAUUUCGUGUCAAUAUGUAUAACUAAGUUAACAUUUUUUAUAUAUACAUAAUCUCUUCCUAAUUUUAUUAAAAGUUUUUGUGUUGUUUUUUUAUUAUUUCUAGUUUAGUUGAAUUUUUUUGUAUUACUAUACUUAUUCAAACAAAAACAAUCCA